GUCACGAGCCAACAGACUCACCUCCCGUCACCGCAAACCAUUUUAAUACUUGACGGACGUGCACUGCCAACGAUGCACAGUACUACCCUUAUAAAAUGACACUGCACGCUCGCCCCGCCACAGAGGCUGAUUUGGCCCAAAUCGCCGACAUCGCCGCCGCCGCGUUCCACCCUGACACGGACGCCAUCUCACGACACCUCUUCCCGCCUCAUCUGCGACCGCAAGGUGCGUUGGGAGACGAGGAGGACCCGGCGAGGAGCUGGCGCCUCAUACGCAAGGGCAUGAAGCUGCGCGCGGAAAACACCGUCCUGAUGGUCGCCGUGGACGACGCGCUGGGCGGCAAGGUUGUCGGGUUCUCCCUGUGGGACACGCCCACCGACGGCGACGAGCCUCGCAGCGCCGUGUCGUCCCAGGCGCCGUCUCCCGCGCUCGAUGAGGCGGCAUUCGCGGAGAUGCACCAUGCACUUGACCAAGAUGUGCAGAAGCAUUUUGGCCAGGGCGGCAUCAAGGACGUGUUUCGUGAGUCGUGCCCCGCCCGGGUCAUCAACAUGAAGGUAUAGUCGGUCAUUGUAGGAUAGCACAUGGACUAAUACAUGGACCUUGAGAUCUCGACUACAUUGGCGUCGAUCCGCAGCAGCAGCGACGAGGGAUUGGGAGGAUGCUACUUGACUGGGGAUUGAAGAGGGCGGAGCAGCAGCAGCGGAGCAUCUAUCUCAUCGCUACGCCGGCGGGCCGGCCGCUGUACCAGGCCGCUGGGUUCGAGGAGCUGGGGCAGCUGAAUAUUUUCGACGCUCCUCAUUACUCCAUGAUCAGGCGGUUUGGUCACCAAUAGAUGCCGCUGCGGAGAGACGUUUUUUUUUGUUGCUUUACACAGGAUGAUGCGUGCGCACGGCUGUCGCCAGAUGGACGGGGGCGGCGUCCAAAGCGUGACAAUGAACCAAUCCAUCUCACCAAGCGCUCGCCUUGACU